CCGGCUGUCUCGCAUCGACAGUUCGCCUGAAGCCGUCCUCCGUAGCUAAGCAACGACUCGAAGAAGUUGUUUGAACGGUUGAUUGGUCGGUCGGUCGGUUGGUUAGGGUUUGGGGAGGUCGUUCGGAUUUGCAAGAAAGUGAUUCGUCGAGGAUGCCAACAUGGGGCGUCCGUUCAUAAAGAAGUACCUGAGCCAGAAAAAAUUAAACAGUGAAAGGACAUUAAUCAUCUUCAAGAAGUACAAAAUUUUAUAACACACGCCCCCCACUCGUGUUUUCGUUUCCGUUUCCUUUCUUUUUUGCAUCGUUUCGAUUCGUUACCGCGAUUUGUUUUCUUUUUUUUUUGUUUUUUUUUUCUUUUGCGACGCCCACCUUUCUUCGUCGCGUUUUGUGACAAAUGACGAACAUGUCUUACGGCACCCUCAACAACAACGAGGCCGGUAACAUUGAAUGCGGUCGUGGUGGUGGUGGUGGUGAUGGUGUUCGAGUCGACGUGAACGGCGACGGUUACGGUUUCCUCGUGUACCGAAAGGGCCUCGCGUGGCGCGACUUCCUCUUCGCCGUUUACAUCAUCUUCUACGCCCUCUACAUGUGCUUCGGCGCCGUCAUCUUCGGGGUUCUGGAGACUCCCGCCGAAAGGGCGGUCGUCUCGAACGUCGCCCUCCAGCGGCACCGCUUCCUGGAGAAAUAUCCGCAGGUCUCAGAUGAUGAUUUGGAGGUGCUCAUUGGGCACAUCAUUCAGGCGAGCAAAAUGGGCGUUGCCGCGACGAGGAACGCCUCCGGAGAACUCAACUGGAGUUUCGGACAAUCCCUAUUCUUCUCGGGAACCGUGGUGACAACUAUCGGAUACGGUCACGUCACACCACUGAGCAGGGAGGGAAAAGCAUUUUGCAUCAUCUUCGCCGUCUUCGGAAUUCCGUUCACGUUGGUCCUGCUCUCCGCCUUCGUCGAACGUCUUCUGGUGCCGACGCUCUGGUUCUUGCAAUUUCUCAACUCGAAACUCGGCCACCUCUAUCAGGCCUUCAACAUUCGUCUCAUGCAUCUGUUCUUCGUUCUGGGCUUCCUGAUCGUGUUCUUCCUGCUGAUUCCUGCUGCAAUCUUCGCCCGUUUGGAACCCGACUGGGACUACCUGGACUCGUUCUACUACUGCUUCAUCUCGCUGACGACGAUCGGUCUGGGUGAUUACAUCCCCGGCGAUUCCCCAGAUCAACCUUACAGACCGCUCUACAAGAUCGUCGCCACCUGCUACCUGCUGUGCGGCGUCACCUUCAUGAUGCUCACGUUGGCCGUCUUCUACGAUAUUCCGCAACUGAACAUCGGUGUGCUCUUCUCGCACGCCGACGAUCCGCAGCAGAGCACCGAGAAGAUGAGACUCGCGGGCAGCGGAUACGGCCUUCAGUACGGUAUAGAUUCUGCGAAUCCAGGAAACACCCAUCACACGCAGGUGGUGAGGGUCAGAAGCAGACAGAGGGAUUCCAGUCCCAGCCCCGAGGAUAACGUAACAGACAUCAACCACGUCCGUCUACCGUAAAACAAACAAACAAACAAACAAAAGAAAUGAUCAGCAAUCUAGAAAAGUAGACUGUGAAAAGCAGAAGACAUACAGAAUACUCUUUAUUUCUAUAUCUAGUUCUAUCAAUAUCUCAUUCACAAUCAUUCUUCUAUCUCUCUCUCUUUCUCUAUCUGUGUCUCUUAUGUAGAGCAUCAUCAAAUAUCACUAAAUAUUCAAAUCAUUCCGAAUCCGCCACGUUCCUCCUUCAUCCGAUUACUAUCUAAUUAGUUAAUUAAGUAAAUAAAUAGAUGCGAAAUCGCAUUGUUCUCUUAUUAUUAUUGUUAUUGUUAUAUUAUAAUCGUCGUGUUAGUUUGCAUCGAGUUUCUAAUCCUGCUAGAAGCAAUACAAAUAUAGUCAAUUUGAUCACCAUAGUUACUUAUCAAGAAACGUUUCCAAGGAUACCGAAACGUUUUAUUUUUGUAGAUGAUAAUUCGGAAAUGUGAAUAUAUAUAUAUAUGUAUGUAUACAUGAAUAUGUGUUACGCAAGUGUCGAAUCGCCUCUUAUCAACGUUACGUGUGUCGAUGAGGCGGCGAUUCCUAUCGCUAUCGAUGACCAAUAAAUAUGAUCCAGACACUCUAC